AUGCACAAAGACUACACAAUCGCGUGGAUAUGUGCCUUGCCGGUAGAGGUCGCAGCAGCUCGCGCCAUGCUGAAUAAAAUUCACAAUCCGCUGCCAAAACCGUCCACCGAUCCGAAUGCCUACGAACUUGGCAAAUUAAACGGCCACUAUGUUGUCAUUACCUGCCUGACAUAUGGUGUAUAUGGAACGGUGGCUGCCGCGAAUGUGGUGUCUCGCAUGCGUGCUACCUAUCCACGGCUUCAAUAUGGACUGAUGGUGGGAAUUGGAGGCGGUGUCCCGGGCAAAGACCAUGACAUUCGACUAAGCGAUGUCGUGGUUAGCAAACCGGCUGGAGAGCACAGUGAGGUGAUACAGUAUGAUUAUGGCAAGGCCGUUGGAGGCGGGAAACUCGAGCGAACGGGCACCUUGAACAAACCACCGCACAGUCUUUUGAGCCAUAUGAAUCAGCUUGAGGCAAAGCGAAUGAUGGGGAGUGAGAAUGAUGCUCAAAAAAUAGUGGAGGAAGUACUCGAACGAAACCCUCACAUAAAAGAAAAGUUUUCGCCCCCAGAACAGCUUACAGACUUCCUCUUUGAAUCCUCCUACAACCAUGCUGCCGGGGAAGGCACUUGUGAAAAGUGUGAUAAAAACCAAUUAGUCAAACGAAAACCACGAGAAACAAGGACACCUUAUGUCCACUAUGGGUUAAUUGCAUCAGGAGAUCAGGUAAUAAAGGACUCAGAGACACGGGACCGCCUAGCACAACAGUAUGGUAUACUCUGCUUUGAGAUGGAGGCAGCAGGCCUUAUGGAUGAUCUUCCGACGCUUGUGAUUCGAGGGAUAUGCAACUAUUGUGAUUUUCAUAAGCAGAAGCAGUGGCAAGGAUAUGCAGCAUUGACAGCGGCCGCUUAUGCAAAAGCGUUGCUAUCGAUUAUUCCCAUCAGCCGUCCGGAUGUUGACUUGAUGAAGAGGAAGAAUAUGCGGCACUGGAUGGUCUCGUUCCCAAGAAAUCUCAAAUUUGUCGGUCGCCAAGAAGAAAUCAUGAAACUGGAAGGACUGAUCACACUGCAAGAUGGGACCAGGAGGAUUGCUAUCACCGGGUUGGGAGGAGUCGGGAAGACGCAAGUAGCACUUGAGCUAGCAUAUUGCAUACGGGAUCGAAAUAAAGAGUGCUCGAUCUUCUGGAUUCCCUGUACCAGCCAUGCAAUGAUUGAUCAGACGUUCCUGCGCAUUGCACAGAAACUUGGACUUCAUGAUGUGAAUCCGGCUGAGGUCAAAGAACAGAUUAAGAUAUAUCUCAGCUCUGAGCGUGCAGGAAAGUGGCUUCUGGUUUUUGAUAAUGCAGAUGAUGCAGAGAUGUGGUUUGCUGCUAGUCAUACAGCUCCACUUCUCGAAAAUUUUAUCCCUGAGAGUGAGCACGGCUGUAUUCUGUUCACCUCCCGAAACCGAAAACUCGCCAUGAAGCUGGCACCACUCUAUGUUAUUUCCAUUCCAGAUAUGGAUAAAGAUAUCGCAGUCAAAAUCCUGGACAAGACAUUGGCACACGAGGACUUGCUUAGAGAUACUACCAUAACCGCUUCUCUCCUUGAACAACUAGCCUUUCUCCCUUUAGCAAUUACGCAGGCGUCAGCAUAUAUACUUGAAAACGGUAUAGAUUUGUCGAUGUACCUUGCACUUCUCCAAGAGCAUGAACAAGAUGCUGUCGAAGUCCUUAGCGAAGACUUUAGAGAUCCAGGACGCUAUAACGAUAUCCAGAACCCCGUGAUUACUACCUGGUUAAUAUCGUUCCAGCAGAUUCAGUAUCAAGAUCCAUUAGCUGCCGACUAUCUUUCUUUCAUCGCCUGCAUCGACCCGCGAAAUAUACCCCAGUCCAUCCUUCCUCAACCAAAGUCCAGAAAGCGGAAAGUCGAUGCUUUGGGGCUUCUAAAUGCAUAUUCGUUUACGAAUGCCCAAGAGAGAGAUAUAGGUAUGCAUAGACUUGUGUAUAUUGCGACCCGAAACUGGCUCAGAAAGAAUGCGUUAUUUAAUCACUGGAUCCAACGGGUGGCUGAAAAUUUGCAGAAUGUGUUUCCAGAUGAUCACCAUACAAAUCGAGGACUUUGGCGGCAGUACCUUCCCCAUGCUUUAACACUUGUGUAUGAAAAUGAAUUUGUUAUACAAGAGGAAAUCUACCUCGAUCUAACUGAAAAGAUUGCAGAUUGCCUUUUCAGUGAUGGAAGGUAUCAAGAAGCAGAGGUACUUUACAGGAAGCUGAUGACAAUUAGUCAGGAGAAAUUUGGUCCUCAAGCUCGCUCCACUCUGAGCAGCAUGGCGAAUCUCGCAUCAACCUACCGGAAUCAGGGUCGAUGGAAUGAAGCUGAGAAGCUGGAGGUGCAAGUAAUGGAGACAACAAUGACAGUGCUAGGCGCUGAGCAUCCUCACACUCUGACCAGCAUGGCGAAUCUCGCAUCCACCUACCGGAAUCAGGGUCGAUGGAAUGAAGCCGAGAAGCUGGAAGUGCAAGUAAUGGAGGCAAGGAAGACAGUGCUGGGCGCUGAGCAUCCUGACACUCUGACCAGCAUGAAUAGCCUUGCCUAUACUUGGAGAUCUCAGGAGAAGCUUCAGGAUGCCUUAAAUUUGACGAGACAAUGCUUUACCCUGCGCAGCAAAAUAUUAGGGCCUAACCACCCGCACUCCAUGUCAUCCUCUCGUGCUCUGAAUGAUUUGUUGGCUGAGUAUAAUGCAUUAAUAGAUCAAACACCGCUCACCGAGGAAAAGUGUGGGCAGCCUCAGCGCGAAGUUUCAUCCAGAUAUUCAGACGCUGUCGUAACUACCCUGUCCACCUGUGAAGGGCGUGUCCAUCAACUUUAUCCUCCAAGACGACCAGCUGCUACAUUAUUCCUUGGAAAUCAUCCUCUUAUCAUUGCUGCCAGGACACCCUCACCCGCGUCAGAGAACCAAAACAUACAAGAUGUGGACUAG